GGCACCCGCCGGCCGGACGAGGGGAGUGUGUGCGUGACAGGGGGUGAUUUGGGGGGUGAGGGGCGCCCCUUUGCUGCUCCGGCUCCUCUCAUCCUGCUCCAGCUGCUCCAGGACCCUCGCCCCGGGUCCCUAGCUCCCGUCCAUCCAGGCCGCAUCCGGGCCCGGCGGCGGUGAGGGGCCGGCGGCGGCCACCGCGAGGAGAAGAUGCUGGCCAGAAAGAGCAUCAUCCCGGAGGAGUACGUGCUGGCCCGCAUCGCCGCCGAGAACCUGCGCAAGCCCCGCGUCCGGGACCGCCUCCCCAAGGCCCGCUUCAUCGCCAAGAGCGGGGCCUGCAACCUGGCCCACAAGAACAUCCGGGAGCAAGGCCGCUUCCUGCAGGACAUCUUCACCACCCUGGUGGACCUCAAGUGGCGUCAUACCCUGGUCAUCUUCACCAUGAGCUUCCUCUGCAGCUGGCUACUCUUUGCCAUCAUGUGGUGGCUCGUGGCCUUCGCCCACGGCGACAUCCACGCCUACAUGGAGAAGCCCGUGGUCUCCAACGCCUGCGUCACCAGCGUCAGGUCGUUCACGUCGGCCUUCCUGUUCUCCAUCGAGGUCCAGGUGACCAUCGGCUUCGGCGGGCGGAUGGUGACGGAGGAGUGCCCGCUGGCCAUCGCCGUCCUCAUCCUGCAGAACAUCGUGGGGCUGAUCAUCAACGCCGUCAUGCUGGGCUGCAUCUUCAUGAAGACGGCCCAGGCCCACCGGCGGGCCGAGACCCUGAUCUUCAGCCGCCAUGCCGUCAUCGCCGUCCGCCACGGCCGCCUCUGCUUCAUGUUCCGCGUGGGCGACCUGCGGAAGAGCAUGAUCAUCAGCGCCUCGGUGCGCAUCCAGGUGGUCCGCAAGACCACCACGCCCGAGGGGGAGGUGGUGCCCAUCCACCAGCUGGACGUGCCGGUCGACAACCCCAUCGACAGCAACAACAUCUUCCUGGUGGCCCCGCUGGUCAUCUGCCACGUGAUCGACCGCCGGAGCCCGCUCUACGACCUGACGGCCUCGGCCCUGGCCGGCCAGGACCUGGAGGUCAUCGUCAUCCUCGAGGGGGUGGUGGAGACCACGGGCAUCACCACGCAGGCCCGCACCUCCUACGUGGCCGAGGAGAUCCUCUGGGGCCACCGCUUCGUCUCCAUCGUCACCGAGGAGGAGGGCGUCUACUCGGUGGACUACUCCAAGUUCGGCAACACCGUCAAGGUGGCCGCCCCCCGCUGCAGCGCCCGGGAGCUGGACGAGAAGCCGUCCAUCCUCAUCCAGGCGCUGCAGAGGAGCGAGCUGUCCCACCAGAACUCGCUCCGCAAACGCAACUCCAUGCGCCGGAACAAUUCCAUGCGCCGGACCAACAGCGGCUCCUCUCCGGCCGCCUCCUCCUCCUCCUCCUCCGCCCGCCGGGGCAACUGUGCCCUGGCCGUGCCCAAGGUGCAGUUCGUCACCCCGGACGGAGGCCCCGGGGGCUCCGAGGACUGAGGGAGCCCGGACCCCGGGGCGGGGGAGACCGGACACGGGCGUCCAGGCCGGGCCCGGCGCCGCGCUCGACCCCGGGAGGCCCGGGGCCGACGGGUCGGACGGCGUCUCUGCCCCGUCUAAGUUGGAGGGAGGGCAUCAUUUCACGGAUGAGAAGCGGCGUGGCUCCGUGGAAAGAGGCCGG